AUGACCUUCAACACCGAAGUCAUCGGCUGUUACUGGCAACAGCAGACUGGCGAAUGGCUGGUCAAGCUCAAGCAGACAGAUCCCACGACCGGCUCGACGGUCCGCACCUUCGAAGAGAGAUGCCAUGUCCUCCUCCAUGGCACCGGCAUUCUGAACAACUACAAGUGGCCGAAUAUCGAAGGGUUGGAGAAAUUCAAGGGCAAGAUCAUCCACACCGCGAGAUGGCCGGACGAUUAUCAGAAGGAACAGUGGAAAAAUGACCGUGUUGCUGUCAUUGGCUCGGGGGCGAGCAGUAUCCAGACCGUUCCCAACAUGCAGCCUUACGCUAAGCACCUCGAUGUCUUUGUUCGCACUGGUGUCUGGUUCGUGCAGAUCGCAGACAACUUCGGCGCGAACCACGAGUACACGGACGAACAAAAGGCCUCGUUCCGCGACCCAUACAAGCUCGUCGAGCACGCCAAGUCCAUCGAGGACCAGGUCAACGGCCUCUGGGGAAGCUUCUACAAGGGCGCCGAGGCACAGGCCCAGGGCCAGGCUGCGCUAAAGGCCCGCAUGGCCGAGAUGAUCAAGGACGAGAGACUCGUCAAGGGCUUCACGCCUACGUUCGGCAUUGGUUGUCGCAGAAUCACCCCCGGUGACCCGUACAUGGAAGCAAUCCAAAAACCCAACGUCGACGUGCAUUUCACCGAAGUCGUCAAAAUCGAUGAGACCGGCGUGAUCGGCAAAGACGGCACGCGCGUCGAGGUCGACACGAUCGUGUGUGCGACGGGGUUCGACGUCUCCUACCGCCCACGGUUCCCGAUCGUAGGGCAGAACGGCGUCGACCUCGCCGACAAAUGGAAGGUGUGCCCGGAAGGGUACCUGGGGCUCGCGAUCCCGGAGUUCCCCAACUUCCUGACCUUUAUCGGGCCCAACUGGCCGGUCGAGAACGGCAGCGUGAUGGGCCCACUGAUGUACGUGAGCAUGUACGCGCUGCAGAUCAUCAAGAAGAUCCAGAGCGAGUACAUUGCCAGCCUGGCGCCCAAGCAGGACGUCACCGACGCCUUCAACGAGCACUGCCAGGAGUGGGUCCGCCAUACCGUCUGGGUCGACGAGUGUCGCUCCUGGUACAAGAACAAUGAGACCGGACGCGUCAAUGCUGUCUGGCCCGGGUCUAGCCUGCAUUACAUCGAGGCUAUCCGGUCACCGCGCUACGAGGACUUUGAGAUCGAAUAUCUGGGUCCCGGCAAGAAGAACCAGUGGGCGUUUUUGGGCAUGGGUACUGUUCGCGCGCUCGUUAAUAAGGAGGAUGUCAGCCCUUAUUUGGACGCCGAGAACAUCGAUCCCAAGUGGAUGAGGGCUAUGGGCAUGGAUGCCAGCAAGCUCCACGAGACGAAGAUCGGUGAACUGAAGAAGAAGCACGAGGAACUCGAGAACAAGGCAAAGGACAAUGUCGAGAAGACUAGCGUCAGCUGA